CGCGGCAGCAAAAACUGCAGUGGAAGGACAGCCCUUGAUCGACAUGUCGGUGUUCGAGGAGCCAACGCAAACGUUCCACCCGAGUGUGACCAUCGACGACGAUGACGAUGAUGGUGGUGAUGAUGGUGAUGCCGAUACGGGUGUUACGGACGACGAAGGAAAACAGCAGCAGCAGCUCAGGGCCUCGGCUGUUGCUGAUGAAAAGAAUGUACCUUCGCAGUGGCAGCACUCGCACCAGCAACGGUUACUGGUGUUGCAGGGCAUCACAGGCUCUGGGAAAACAACACUGGCCAAACACAUCAUGGACCUGGCCGAGCCAAACACAUGGGAGCGCAUCUGCCAGGACGUACUCGGGUCGCGCGACAAGUGCAUCGCCAUGGCUCGGCGAGCAUUGAAGGCAGGCAAGAGUGUCAUCAUCGAUCGCACAAAUAUGACCAAGCACCAGCGCAAGCCGUGGAUUGAUUUGGCAGACAAGUUCCACAUCCGACCUGAAGCGGUCGUCAUGCAAACAGCAUCUCAUGACUGCGUCGAGCGAGCAUCAAAGCGCCGAGCACACGAAGGCGGCAUUGACGCAGCCAGCGCGGCCCGCAUCAUCAACAUGCAACUUCGCCAGAAAGACGUUGAACAGCCGUCGCGGUUGGAAGGCUUCUGGAAGUUAUAUCCGUGCAACAGCACCCGCAGCGACGCAGAGAAGGUGCUCAAGUCCACUCCACCCGUCAAAGCAAAGACGCAGGCGACACUGCAGAUGCUGUUUGCCAAGGUCGGAGCAUCACAGCAGCAGCCGCACAUGCACGGGCAACGAGUGCAGCACCAACACAAGGCACCAUCUUCUGCAAAGCGGGCCGCUGCUGCCUAUCAUGAAGACAAUGGCCACGGUGGUGUCACUGCCUCGCAGCGACAGCAGCCGUCAGCAAAGAAACCAAAGGUGGUGGAGGCAAGUCCCGAUUUUCCGAGCCCAACAAAGCGGAGCACCGCUGGGCGGCGUAGGCGGCGUGCUCGUCCACGGAAGACCGGCGCAGACACUGGGGUGCCUGUUGGGGAUGUCAUUGACCUUGAUCUGGACAUUGGCGCAGGGGCUCGCGCUGGUGGUGCUGAUCCCACAGAUCUUCGCCAAUCUGUCCAACCAGCAGCGCUACGGCAACAGCAACAGCAGCAGCAGCAGCAGCAGCAGCAACAACAACACCAACAGCAGCAGCAAGAGCAACAUGGUACGACAACGGCAAUAUCCACACCCACCACGGGCACCACCUCGCGAACGGGCGUGCAGGCGAGUGGCGAAAGCAACACUGUCGCCACGCCAUCACCGGGUUUGCUCAUGAUGGACAUCUCGCAGGACAGCAUGGCAACGCCAGCACAGCCGUCGCAUCACAAUGCAAGCCACGAGCCAGGUGCGCAGCCAUCAUCGUCGUCAUCAGGGUCAUCAGGCUCCGUAACUCGCUCGAUGAGCUUCAACUUCGACCGGCAGAGACGCACGCGUCGGCAGCGGAGGCAGCAGAACAAUGGUGUAUCCGCCGACGACGACGUGAGGAAUGAGCGCGCACCGUGGCGUCAGCGAUCGGUGAUUCAAGCGACACCGAGCAUCCCCGUGCUGCAGGACAGCUUUGCCGACCACACGCUUGACUUUGACAACAGCAGCCAGGACUUGGGGGCAGGCGAUCACAGCAGUGCUGACGUUGCGCCUGCCACCCGUGUUGAGGGCAGUCGUGCUGGUCCUGAGAACCGGCACCGUCAUCAAGACACGACAGCUGGUGGUCACGCUAGCUCGGGUGGGGUGGACUUGUUUGAUGCGCAACAGACUCAGUUUGUUUAUGAGGCCGAGACAGUGGAUGCGGGGGCACUGGGGCACAGCAAUGACACAGACACGAGUGGAGGCAACACAAAGCCGCCCCGCACUGAAAGCGACGAUGUGAUUGUGCUUGACGACGACGGUGACGUCAAUGAUGACCAACAACAACAACAACAACAACAACAACAACAACAACAACAACAACAACAACAACAACAACAACAACAACAACAACAACAACAACAACAACAGCAGCAGCAACAGCAGCAGCAGCAGCAGCAACACGAUGAAGGCGGUAUGGCCCGAGCACCCAGCGAACCAUGGUAUCGGAAGAGCGGGGGACAGCCUGCGUCCAUGUUCUCAAGCCCGCGUCACGCAUCGUCCACAUCAACGACAGCCUCGCGUGGCCAUGGGGCAAUUGGGGCACUUGCCAAGGAGGAUUCGGUGUUCUUCCGCGAAACACUUGUGGCUGAUGAUGUUGUCGAUGCGUCUUCAGGCGACGAGCGUCCUGUCGAGACAAAGGCACGGGAUAGUCACAACCACCCUGGCGAUCGAGGCCACCAGCAGCGACCAUCGACAGAUAUGGAUGACCUUGGAUCUGUUCUUGCCCAUGCAACACCGGGCAGCACAGACACGUCGGCGUCCCCGCUGACGAGCGUUCCUGAAACCAUUCUCGGCCCGAUUGACAACGACGCGGGCUCCCCGCCACACCCACGCAGUCAACAACAACAACAACAACAACAACAACAACAACAACAACAACAACAACAACAACAACAACAACAACAACAACAACAACAACAACAACAACAACAACAACAACAACAACAACAACAACAACAACAACAACAUACGGGGACGCGGAGGUCGGCCCGUCUUGGCUCGGUACCUCCGCCGCCGCUUCUGCGACAGGACCAGAGGAAGUCAGCUCCAACACAACAACAACAGCAGCAACAACAACAACAGCAGCAGCAACAGCAGCAGCGUGGUCGGAAGGCGGGUGAUCAUGGACAACACCAACAGAAGUCGCCACAAGCAACAACAGCGAAGACGGCAUCCUCCUCAUCCUCGUCAUCAUCACACGGUGCAAAGGCUCAUACACCAGCUGGCAAAUCAACGUCGCCAAAGUCUGUCGGAAGAGAUGCCGACCCGAUGCACACGCGUGCGGACCAGGCAGGACUUGCUCGUUCGCCGCACUCCGACAACGCUGUCGAACUGAUAUUGUGGACGAUUCCAGCACCUGGAACGCCGUUGCUUGCUCAGAUGAGCAGUGCGCUGCACAGCAGCAGGGACGUAUUUGGGCGCAACGCCGCGCACGAUUACGGCUUCAUCCACUGCACCGCGACUGGGUUCUUCACGUGCGAUCGGCGCCAGAUUCCUGCACUGACGGCGUGUAUCGAUGACAUCGUUCAGGCAGGCAUCGCCUCUGGGGAGCGCACGACGGCAGACUGCCUGCAGUGGAUGUGCAGUGCCGCAUUCAUCGGCAUCAAAGUGUCGUUCCCCUUUGGCCAGAAGGUAGCACAGGCCUUUAAGGUGAAAGUUCAGGAGCAGUUCAAAUACCACAAUCGCCCUGUGAACGUGCGCGUCAAGCGUUCCGAUCACAUCACCCUCGCCCACAAGUUUCCUUCCCAGCAAAAGGCGGCUCUUGAGGCGCACUUAAAGUCGCACGUGACACACGCGCUCCCCGUCACUGUUCCUGUUCGCCUGUGUCUGUUUGAACGCCAGCAGCAACAGCAACAGCAACAGCAACAGGGCGGCACGCAACCGUUUCAGAUGAUCGAGCUCCGAUCCUGGCCUCUCCCACCUUCAUCCUAGCCAUCCCGUCCGCAUGCACACGGCUGCUCGUGGUUCAUUCUGACCACGUCAGCCAUCCGUUAAGCUUGUUCGGUGCAUGAUGGUCGCACUUUCUCUGCCACCCUGUUAGAAACAACUUCUAGAUGAAACCGUUCAUGUACCACACGCGAUGAUGUGUGCGUUCGUUUUCAAUGGCA